AUGCUUACUAACAUACGGGCCAUACGCGUGCCUUCCAGGGCAUUCCGAGCAUUCAGAAGCCAGACAUGUAUCGGGACCAAAUGCUUGUCUACCUCUGCCGUUCACAGGGACUUGUUUGGUGGUACUAAGACCAUACACGGUAAUGGAAGCAAUCAGGGACUUAGUGCUCCCGGAAAUAAAGGAGAAACCACGUCCAACCCAGCAGAUCUUUUCAAGAAGAAUGACAUCUUGAUGUACUCAGACAAGCCACUCAACUAUAUUGAGACAGUAAGGUCGGAUGGGUUCUACUUGGCAAACCACCUUUUGAUUACCUCCCCAGAUAAGGACGGAAAUGUAAUUGGAGCAGCUAUGCUCCAGAGUGAAACAUUCGAAGUUAAUUUCAGCAAUAACGGCUACAACAUCAUAAAUGGGUUUAUUGUGGAGUUCAAUGAGAAGGAGAUCUUGGAAAUCUUCAGAAAGGUGCAUCCGAAACCCGAAAUCGUGGUUAUUGGGCUUGGAAAGAAAUCGCGGAUGUUGAGUGAAUCCAACAAGAAGCUUUUCUCAAGCUUGGGCAUUCAGCUCGAGGUAGGCGACUCCAACAAUGCUGCCCAGAUCUUUGACUUGUUGGCAACCGAAAGACCAAACGUUAUCGGAGCCUUGUUGUUGCCACCAAAUGUAUAGAAAUACUGUUCCUCUAUUUAAUUCUAACUUGCACAUAGUCCAGGAAAUCAUCACCAAUAAUUUAGCUCGCCUUGUAGAAAUGGUUUUCCAGCACAUUAUCAUACACGUCAAAAUAUUUACAAUCACUUCAUGGGUUUUCAAAGACUGUCUUCACAUGUA